GAUGUAGCCCGUGCGCAUGCGUGAACGCAAAACGUUUUGAAGCAAACGGAGAGCUCACGCGUGAAAGCCAUGGAUUCUCAGAAAGACAUUCAGCCUCCCAAACAGCAGCCAAUGAUCUACAUUUGUGGAGAGUGUCACACAGAAAACGAGAUCAAGGCCAGAGACCCCAUUAGAUGCAGAGAGUGUGGUUACAGAAUCAUGUACAAAAAGAGGACCAAAAGAUUGGUCGUGUUUGAUGCCAGAUGAGAUCCUGCAUCCUGCUGUUAUAAUUAGCUUUUUUUAUGUCUUUGAAUGUGUAAAUAUAUGUGUACAAUUUGAAUGGGCAGUAAUGGGUCAAAACUGAGUAAAAUGCAGUUUUCAAAUUUUGUGAGUGAAUGUGUUUUAUUUCUCACGUAUUUCCAAUUUUUGUACAAUUUUGAGUGAUAAGGUUUUGGGUUAAAUGGUGUUCAGAUCAGUAGUUUAGGAUUAAUGAAGAGCUAUUUCUCCCAGUACAAACAGAAAUAUUAUGACACAUUAAAGUGACUAUAUGAAA